ACUUGUUGACAGGAGACAGGAAAGUUCACUUAGUCCCGAUCCAACUUUUAGGAAGUCGCAGAAAAUGGCCGGGAAUAUUAAGAAGUUCUACGACCUGACAGCAAAGCUACUGUCCGGUGAAUCCUUCAGUUUCUCCUCACUGAAGGGGAAAGUUGUUCUCAUUGAGAAUGUAGCGUCCCUCUGAGGAACAACAGUCAGGGACUACACGCAGAUGAACGAGCUUCACUCUCGCUUCUCCGCGGAGGGACUCGUUAUCCUGGGUGUCCCCUGUAAUCAGUUUGGACAUCAGGAGAACGCAAGGAACGACGAAAUCCUGAGAUCCCUGAAGUACGUCCGUCCAGGGAAUGGCUUUGAACCAAACUUUCAGCUCCUUGAAAAGGUGGACGUGAAUGGAAGUGAGGCCCACCCCCUGUUUGUCUACUUGAAGGAGAAACUUCCAGUCCCCAGUGACAAUGCUGUGUCUCUCAUGAACGACCCAAAGUUCAUCAUCUGGAGCCCUGUGUGCAGGAGUGACGUCUCCUGGAAUUUUGAGAAGUUCCUGAUUGGUGCUGAUGGUGAGCCAUACAAGCGCUACAGCAGAAAUUUUCUCACUAUUGAUCUCAAGGGAGACAUUAAAGAGUUGCUGAAGAGGAUUAAGUAAAAUGGGCUAAGACACUUGACGGCUGGUUGUUGAAAAUAUCAGCUGUGACCCCUCCCUCUCUUUAUCAGCAGACGCACACUUGGGGUUACUUUAUCUAGCUUUCCCAGCUAACAGCUUAACCAAAACAUAUUUCUAAGAUUGUGAUAUUUUCAGUGGUAUACUCUUGGUUCUUGAACCCAUUUACUUAAUGAAGAGACUCCUGGAAACCAUUUUGUGUGGGAAGUUUCUGAUGCAGAUGUAAAUGUCCGACUUUACCACUGUCUGUACUACAAUGUCUGUUUGGGGAAAAGAGAACAUUUGCAUUGUAUUUUUAUUUGAAUAAAAUACAAUUUAUACAAAAGA